UCAGUGUGGCCAGCAAGGUUGCUGGUCGUGGCAGCACGACAGACCGGCACGUAGAUAGUCUUUGCUUUUUGUAUAGGAAGAGCAUUUGUAAUUCAUUUUCAUACGGAUUGUUGAGCUUCUGUGUAAGCUUCCUGGGAUCGAACUUGCAAUUUGCCUCGGUUUCAUUUUUUAAUUUUUUUGUAGCAACGAAAACUUUUACCCGUGCCUCACUCACCUCUUGUUGUUUUCACGUAACGUCUCAGGAGACCACCAUGUCACCAUGGAUUAAACAGGUUUGCCUUGUUCUUGUGGCAGUGUUCAUGUUGCCCAGUACAACAGAAUCAAAGAAAGAUAAGGCACUGUACUGUUCAGCCUGUGUGGCGAUUGCAGAGGAACUAAACUAUUCAAUCAGUCAAACUGAUCCAAAAAAGACGAUUCAUGUUGGUGGAUUCAGACUUAAACCCGACGGAAGUCUUACAGACAAAAAGGUUCCUCUUGCUAGGUCCGAAACUCACUUAACUGAACUGCUGGAAGAAGUUUGCAAUAGCAUGAGCGAUUAUGCGCUCUAUGAGGACCCGGACACCAAAGAAAAGAGCUACAAGAGAUUUGCACCAAGAGGAAAUGAUGGAAUGAAUUUUCCGGAUUUCAAAAAUUUUAAGUUUGAUGGACCAGAGAGUUCCAGUGCCUUGAAGUUUGCUUGUGAAAGCAUUGUGGAAGAGUUGGAAGAUGAUAUCAUCUCUCUCUUCGCCAGUGAGACAGACCAUGUGGCUAAGACGUUGUGCAGUGAAGUAUCAGGUCACUGUAAGAGCUCUGUUUUUCAGCACAGUGAACUUUAGUUUCACAUCAGUGUCUGCUGAAGAACACCCAAAAACCUGGACCAAAAUUGGAGACAUCAAAUAUUUUCCAAAAGUAUGCUGUUUUUUUUUUUUUUUUUUUAAAGUUACUACAAACUAAAUGAUACAAACUGAUGAUUAAAAUGAUUUGAUGAUAGUAUUACAAAUGGAUACUGAAAUGAAAAGUGUAUUUAAAAAAAAAAAAAAAAAGAAGAAUGAGUUUCCACUACUGAGUAGUGGACACACUCUUCCAUUUUGAUUUUUACUUGGAAAUUAUCAUAUUACAUUUUUUUAUAUAUAUAUAUAUAUAUAUAUAUAUAUAUAUAUAAAAUUAUAACAUGGGAUAUAUAUGAGAAAUUGAUUGCAUUCCAGUGGCAUGUAAUUUACAUGUUUAAUUCCAUUGUCAAUUCUUUUUAACCUCUAUUUAGUUUCAGUGAACUUGACAUGGCAAUAACUAUGGUAUUAUGGUGUAAUUUAUGAUGGGUUCACCCUUGAUGAAAAGAAAAUAAAAUAUUUCAAAUAUA